AGCAGACAAGGAUGCCACUUCCUCAACCAUCAUUCUGAACAUAGAUAUAUCCAAAUGCAAUCUGCAUGAACGAAUCCCUUUGUCAAACAAGAAGUUGGGGCCUUUUGGUCCCUAAUUCACGUGCCUCCUGUUAUUUCUUUCCCUUUCUUUCUUUAACAUUUUCUUUCUUUAUUAACCAAUUCUAAUUGACCUGCAUCAAACUUUGUGAGGUUCCAGAUUCCAUGGCCCCACCUUCGUCAUUACAGUCCCUCGCGACGGCCAUGGGAAGAAGAAGAAGCAGAGAGAAGCAAUACACAUCAUCUGAAUCUUGUACCCGAAGCUCUCCCACAUAGGAUCUUAAAAGGUUUUGACUUCACUUUCACUGAUUAGUCAAACAAACAGUGAAGCUUAAAAGCAAGCAAAAUCUGAGUACAGCGAUACAGAUACAGCAAAAGCCAGCAAGCUAGAGAGCAGAGAUCCAGGCUAAAAGCAAAAGUUGUAGAGAUCCAGGCCCGAAACUUGGAAGGCAAAUAAAUGGGGUUCACAAUGAGUCUGAAUCUGCUGCUUCUCGUAGCCAUGGUGGCCACCAACAUCCUCUCCCUCUACCAUCUCUCCUCCACAAUUCAAACCUCUGGGAAGCCCCCCACUCCACCUCCUGUCCCUGACCGACUUCUCCACCAGCUCAACACCAUACGCGCCACCAUCAACCGCCUCACGCGCCUCCAACCCACAGCUAAUCCUGCCACUAAACCCACCGCUGCCUCUGCCACCCUUCCGCCAGAUCUCCUCCUCUACUCCCUCCUCUCUCCCAUCGCCACCUCCUGCCACAACCACCCAGACCUCCUCCGCCGAUAUAUGAAUUAUACCCCAUUCUCUCUCUGCCCCCAGGACUCCGACGGGGUGGCCGAGUCCCUCAUCCUGCGUGGCUGCCAUCCACUCCCUCGCCGCCGGUGCUUCUCCCAAACCCCACCAAAACCCACCUCGUCUCUUUCCCACAACCCGUUCUCUCCUUCGCUACCGGAUCAAAACGUUGUGUGGGAUAAGUACACUUGCAAAAGCUUCAACUGCCUCGUGCGCUCUUACCCAAACCUGGGUUUCGACCUCUCUGCGGAAGCCACCCGAUCGAUGAUCUACAGGGACGACCUCGACCUCCAGAUCCCACAACUCUUACAGAUUGCCAAGGCGGCUAAUUCUGUGCUUCGUCUCGGCCUCGACAUUGGUGGCGGGACCGGGACUUUCGCGGCGCGGAUGAAGCUCUACAAUGUGACUGUUGUGACAACGACGAUGAACCUCGGCGCUCCGUACAACGAGGCGGUGGCUCUGAGGGGCCUGGUUCCGCUGCACGUGCCGCUGCAGCAGCGGUUUCCGGUGUUCGACGGGGUGGUGGAUCUUGUGCGUUGCGGCCACGCCGUGAAUAGGUGGAUACCGUUGACGGCGUUGGAGUUCAUGCUUUACGACGUGGAUAGAGUGUUGAGGGGUGGGGGGUACCUGUGGCUGGAUCAUUUCUUUAGCAAAGGGGUGGAUCUUGACAAGCUUUAUGCGCCGCUGAUUGGGAAAUUGGGGUACAAGAAGGUGAAGUGGGCGACAGGGAUCAAGGCCAAUUCGAAGAACGGGGACGUUUACCUGACUGCGCUUUUGCAGAAGCCCGUGUCCAAAUGAAGGGGAAAUUUUGGGGUAAGGCAGAGAAAAGUUUUCUGUGUUGAUUGCAAGAUCAGAAUUUUAUGGUGCUGUAUACUUGGUUGGAGUUUGCUGUGCAUUUAGAACUAAAUUACAGUAUGUUAAAUAUAAGUUGGUUGGAUCCAGCAUUUGUUGGGUGUAGUUUCAAUGUGAGAAAUUAUUGAGUUUUCUUGGUUGUUUUGGUGAGUUGACAAUUGAGGAUUGAGGGCGAUGCUUAUGCGUUAGUUGGACCAAAGUUGAAUCCGGUUGAAGGCAGGGGAUUUCUGGUGUGGUAAGUUACUGUGCUCUUUCUGAUGACAUAGGAGAGAAUUUGGUUGCAAUAUUGUAUCCAUAUUGAUGGCUCUGAUACUCUGCCAAUGGCCCAAUACCUUGGCCGAGUGACACAGUCUCUAUUUCUACUUUCUUUUGGAUAUAAGAAUUGAUUUAUUUCGUUUUA